ACAGAGAGAGAAAGAAUGGCGUCGCGAUUGCUGACCAGAUCCAAAGCCCUAGCGCUCGCCGCCGCCCGCGCCGACGCGGCCGCGCCGUCGCCGCUCGCCGCCGCCUGGGGCGCCCGCGCGCUCUCCGCCCUCCCCCGCGAUCCGGCGGCCGCAUCCCCCGCCUCGUCGCCGCGGCAGCCGGCGGUGGUCUCGCCGCUCUGCCUCUCCAAGAUUCUAGGAUAUGAGCAGGCCUCUCGACUCGGUGGCACACACGUAUUGCCUCGCUGGUUUUCUACUGGAGCCUCCAAUGGAUCUUCUGAUCAGCAGACCUCAAAGACAGUUGCUGGGAUGGUACAAUCGGAUGCACUGAAAUCACAGGAGGGAGCCUCAGCGAAGGUCGCAGCAUUCAGCCCCAUUGAAGCAACCAUUAGCAAGCCCAGAAGCAGUCCAUUGACACUCGAAAGCUUGAAAGUGAGGCGGAGCGAGAUGAUGACAAAAGUCACGUUCUACAUGAUCCCGACUCUGCUCCUGGUGUCGAAGAACAGCAUCAGCACUUCUCUCCUGAUCGCGUCAGUGUACCAUCAGGUCUACAUGUUCCACAAGGAGAUCCUCCUGGACUACGUCCACCACGACAUCACCAGGAAGUGGGCCUUGAUAUACUUCAAGCUGCUCUUGCUAGUCAUGGCCAAGGACACGAUGGUUUACUUUGAUCUGUUCUAAGUGCCUCCAUGGUAGUAGUUUCUCGAGAGAUGCCACCAGGAACCCGCCCAUCUGUACACUGGAAUAAUCGUCAAGGUGGACAAAAUGCCCGACCGCUGGUUCUUCUUCUGUCUCGCAUAUCAAGUUGCUGCGUUUUUCUUUUUCCUCUUAUUAUUUCUGUGAUUGAUUAAUGGACAAGUAAUGUUCAGUUGUCACAGAGUACUAGCUUAUAUGGGAGCAACGUUUGCCCUAGUUUUGUAAUAAUGGUAUAUAUCAACCCUUGACGUUCUGUCGUUUAUUGCUCUUGUUCUGCAAAAAAUUAGUAAAUGCCAUGUUUACCUGUUGCACUGCAA